AUGUUUGCCGAAGCUGAGGCGGUUGAAGAAGAUGGAGGAGGAGGAGAAGACGAAGAAGAACCCGCGGCCGCUCCGAAAACAGCAAAACGCAAACCAGCCGCGCGGAAGACCAAAAAGGCCGUCCCUGACCCCGACGCCGACUCGGCCGAAGAGGACGAGAAACCAGCAGCAAGGAAGAAAGCAGCAAAGAAAAAGGACGAGGAUGCGCCGAUCGAUGUCCCUGAAGAGUUUGAUACGGCGGCGAUGUGGGAGCGGGCGCAUCGGUGUGGGAAGUAUGUUGGGGCGCAUGUUUCGGCUGCUGGGGGCGCCUGGAAUGCGGUUGUUAAGAGUGUGGGGAUUGGCGGCACCGCCUUCGCCCUCUUCGUCAAAAACCAACGCCGCUGGACCUCACCCCCCAUCGCCGCCAACCAAAUCACAGCCUUCAAAGCCGCCUGCACCGCCGCCAAACUCGACCCACGAAAACAUCUCCUCCCACACGGUUCCUACCUGAUCAACCUCGCCUCUGUGGACGCCGACAAGGCCACGCAGGCAUUUGACGCGUUUGUGGAUGAGUUGAAGAGGUGUGAGGAGUUGGGGAUUGGGUUGUAUAAUUUCCACCCCGGGGCAGCCCUAAAAGAACCGCGCGACGAAGCCAUCGCGCGCAUCGCCUCGCGCAUCAACGCCGCGCACAAACAGACGGAAUCGAUCGUCAUCGUAAUUGAGAAUAUGGCGGGACAGGGCACCGUGAUCGGAAACACGUUUGAGGAUCUGAGGGAUAUCAUCGCAUUGGUGGAGGAUAAAAGGAGGGUGGGGGUUUGUUUGGAUACGUGCCAUGCUUUUGCUGCUGGCUACGACAUCCGCACGCCCGAAACCUACGCCGCCACCCUCUCCACCUUCUCCACCACCGUGGGCCUCCCCUACCUGCGCGCGCUCCACCUCAACGACUCCAAAGAACCGCUUGGCAGCAAAAAGGACCGGCACGAGAAUCUCGGCAAGGGCAAGAUCGGGUGGGAGGCGUUCCGGUGCAUCAUGAACGACGACAGACUGAAUGGGCUGCCGAUGGUGCUCGAGACGCCGAGGGAGGACGGGCCUCAGGGGGAUCUGGUGUAUAGGAGGGAGGUGGAGUUGUUAUAUAGUCUGGUUGGGAAGGGGGUGGGUGAGGUGCCGGAUGGGGUGUGA